AUGGAGAACGAUGCAUACGCUCUCCCUCCGGGCUCACGAGUACUUGUCACUGGAGCAAAUGGAUACAUUGCGUCACAUGUAGUUGAUACCUUGUUGAGGCUAGGGUACUUGGUGCGAGGAACAGUUCGCACACAAAAGCCAUGGUUGAAUAAAUAUUUCGAGGAGAAAUACGGCGCAGAUGUCUUUGACACUAUUGAGCUUGCCUCCUUCGAUGAUCAAAGUAAUAUUGAAAAUCAUCUGCAUGGGAUUGAUGGAAUUAUUCACCUGGCAACCGACGUGAGCUUUUCCAAUGAUCCCAAAGCCGUUAUCCCAUGGGUUGUGCGGGCAAUCCACAACAUGCUGGAAGCUGCUGCUCAAACAGCAAGCAUCAAACGUGUUGUUCUAGUGUCCUCAUCCAGUACAACCGAUAACCUUUAUCCGGACCCACGAGGCCGGGAGAUUCACCAAGACAACUACAACGAAAGGGCUGUGAAAGAAGCCUGGGAUGAAACAAUUCCAGAGCAAAAAAGGAGAAUGGCGAUAUAUGCCGCAUCGAAAAUUGAAGCGGAAAAGGAGGCUUGGAAGUGGAUGGAGAGUGAAGAACGAUCAUUUGAAUUCAACUCGAUCUUGCCGUCUUUCACAGUUGGAAAAGUUCUUCACACAGAGAUCUUUGGUUCUACUAUGGGUCAUCUACGCAAGCUACUCGUGGGAGAUAGGAUGGCAUUUUCAUUGCCUGAACAAUGGUUUGUCGAUGUCGAAGAUGUCGCUAAGCUCUGCGUGGUUGGCCUUCUAGACGGGGGCGUAAAAUCGCAACGUAUAUUUGCAUUCGGGGAACAAACAAACUGGAACGAUGUAGUACCAAUUCUUCGCGAACUACGACCGAACAACAAAAAGAUCCCGGACCCACCCAAGGAUGAGAUACGGGAUCGAACGGAGAUUCUACCACGCACAAGAGCGCAGAUCUUACUCCGUGGCUUCUUUGACCAGUCCGACUUUACGUCUAUCAAGGAGAGCAUUGCGAAUGGCAUUGAAGGGUUGGAUUGA